UCAAGGAAAAAAGGAGACGGGAGAGGAGAGAGGUUAUUUCCUGUGCGGGUAAACAAAGUGUAGGAAUUAUGUUUGGGUUUUGUGGAAUGGUCUUAUUUGAAAACUGUUCAGCUUCGUCGCGCAAAAAUACACGAUCUUAGUAAACACUCUUGUUUUUAUCUCUGGAUCUCUGGAUUCGUUUCCCGGCCUUCUUGUGUGUUGUGCAGACAACGACACGCUCCGACCGGAAAGGAAAUACCAACACUAGUUGAUGUAUAGACCAGGUUGUAUAUAUGUUCCUGUCGUCGUCAUUUUGUGUUUAACAUGGAAAAUGUUUUUAUUAAAGUUAUAUUUGUUCUUGUUUAAAAAGAUAAUUUGCAAUCAAUAUCUGUUUUACUAGUUUUGUGACAGAAAACAAACACACUGCGCAUGUGUGGAUCCAGUACUAAUUCUCUCCCCCCUCCCCCCAAAAAAACAAAACAGCGUUAACCUCUGAAGAGCCAGUCUGUACAUCGACCACUCAGUCACACAUUUAAUUCUUGUGCAUGAUUACAUUAUUGUUGCUGGAAACGUUGAAAGUGUUUUUGGAUAACCUGCUACAAAAAAAAAAAAAAAAAAAACACACAUCUGAUUGUGUCAGCUUUGAUAGUUGAAAGCGUACAAGUACUUUAAGUUUGGGAACAGUUCAAACAAAGAAAUUCUGUUUCGUGUCAUCUUGAAGAAGUUUAAUUCCCGAUUGAUUGUGCCUGAAAUUAAGCUGUGCGGGUACAUUGAAUGAAAUAGCCAGAACUGCAGAAUAAUUCAUAAACAGAAGCAUGCAAAGAUGGGCUUAUUGCUGUCCAAAGACCUCCUGCAUGGAACUUCCCUUUACUGCCCCUAGCUACUCAUGAAACCCAAAAGUGACAAGAUGAAGCUGAACGAGCGCAGCGUGGUGCACUACGCCACCUGUGACUCCCCGGCAGACAAGACGGGGCACCUGUACAAGAAGGGGGAGCGCAACACGGCCUACCAUCGCCGCUGGUUCGUGCUGAAGGGCAACAUGCUGUUCUACUUCGAGGACAAGGAGAGCAAGGAGCCCAUCGGGGUGAUCGUCCUGGAGGGCUGCACGGUGGAGCUGUGCGAGUCCAUGGAGGAAUACGCCUUCGCUGUCAAGUUCAGCUGCGCCAAGUCGCGUACGUACAAGAUGGCGGCCGAGAGCCAGGCGAGCAUGGAGUCCUGGGUGAAGGCCCUGUCACGGGCGAGCUUUGACUACAUGCGGCUGGUGGUCCACGAGCUCGAGAAACAGCUGGAAGAAAUGCAGACCCUGCACAGCCUCCCGGGCACCGCGCACUCCCACAGGAAGUCAUCAGGGCGCGCCAAGUCCAAAUCAAUCUCAGCUGCUGCUCCCGCUGUGGUGACUCCCGCCAAAGAACCACAGGCAACCUACAACCGCUCGCAUGAGGAGACGGUCCAUUUCACUCCCACCUCGAAGGAAAACGGUGUGGCCUGGGACAAGCCAAACCUUGUGGUCAAUGGAUUGUGUCCAACUUACCAAGGGUCUAAAACCCUACCGGGGAAGAGUUGUAGCAAUGAGGGGGCUAAACCCCCUCCUGUACCCCCCCGGAGGAAAACUGCCACUGGCGGGGUGACCUCCACUUUGGAAAGCCCUGUUUCACCUGGGACCGUCUGCUUUUCAAAGCUGCAUGACUGGUACGGUAAAGAAAUCGCUGCCCUGAGGACACAGUGGCAGCAAGACCAAUAGAAACGAGCUUCCUUAAGAAGUGACCAAGAAUCACAUGUGUGGAUGCUGGAUCAUGGCAACUCUUAUUAGAUGUAAAACUUAUUUUUGGUAGAGGGUGAGCAAUUCUUUUUUUUUUUUUUUUUUUUUUUUUUUUUUUUGUUCCUUUCACAUGCUGGAGGUUUAUUUUUGGGGAGGGGGGGUGACAAUGGCAGCAUUCAAGGUCCUAUUUUAAAGCAUAUGCAAAGGCACAUUGGUAAGAUAUAAACUUCAGAAGAAAGAACAGUUGAUUUCUUGUUCUAAGUAGUUUCUUGUUUGUUAAGUAAUUUAAAUGAUUUAAUUUCUCUGUGUAGAUUUCUCAGUUCCUUGAUGUUGCAAAUACAAAAGAGAUUUUCUGAUGCAGAUACAUCAGUCAGUUAUUCAGCAAAUCUGAGAAAAAAAGCACAAUAAACACACUUGUUUUGCUGUAGCAGAACAGUACCUAAUAGGUAUCCUCUUCAAAAAGAGUGUGCCACUGCUAAUUAUAGCAAAAAUAACAUGCAAUACAGCCCAACACUGCUGGACAGUCAUUUUCAAAGCUUUUAAGUAAAACUUUCUAGUGGUUUGGUUAUUAAAAAAAUAUUCCUGUGUUUUAUCAAGGAAUGAGGUAUUUCAGUGCUAUCACAUAUAUAUAUAUAUAU